AUCUUGUAUUUUCUCUGAGUCUCACUGGCCUCUCUCCAUGUUGGAGUAACUCAACCUUAACGAUGAGGUCUCUUUCCUUGUACCAUCUACUAAUAGUCUCUCAAAAUUUCCCAUCUUCAAGCCUCGGUCUCCAUGCGGUAUUUCCUCCUGUAACGAAAGCCCCUUUUCUUCCACAACCGAGCAACAUUCUCGAGCUAUGGGCUAUUAGCACUGAGCUCUCGACAUGUGGCUAUCUAGACGGUGAUCGCAAAAAGAAGAGAACUGCCGAUUCCGGUUUCAACUGUCGGGUUGAUACACGCAAUGGGCUUUGGGGCUUCUGCCCUACAACUGUUCUGACAGCUUCGGAUUGUGGACUAGCGGGGAGUUGUGUUGAUCGUCAUGAUUGCUCAGAUGGAUGUGGCAUGACUGGCAGUAAGGACUUGACGACAUUUACUUCUGAUCGCAAAUCAUUUUGUUCCAUGGCCCUUCUCACCUUCGGCGUGGAUCAGACAUACUCCUACAUCGCCUGCGGAACUAAAGCCACUACCGAUCACUGCUAUAUAACCCCAACCAUUGGCACCACGACAACGUCCGAGUCCAGUAAAUCAACCACAUCAGAGACAUCACAAACAUCUUCAGUCACCUCUAGUGAUACAGCAUCAAGCAUCCCCGAUAUCACACAAAGCGCUUCGACAGAAGCGAUAAGCAGUUCUUCGGAAGAGGAUUCAUCAUCUGGAAGCUCCUCCCCUAAUCUUGGUGCCAUUAUUGGAGGAGUCAUUGGAGGGCUCAUUGUUAUCUGCGGUACCAUAAUUACGGCAAUAUUCUUGCUUCGAAGAAACCGAAGUAAGGAUACAAAGGCGGGCGCAAUAGAGCAAAAUACAGAGGACCAUUCCACGGGACGUUGGAGACGCAGCAAAACCAAAGAGCUACAAGAGCUUGGAGGCUGGAACAUACAUGAAAUGCCAGUUAACGAACAGAAUGAACGUCGAAGUCCAGUGGAACUUGCUGCGUGA